GGGAGCCUGGAGCGAGCUAACGAACGUCGCGACGGGGGAAGGACGGAGGAUCGGAAUCGGAGCGAGGCAAGCGCAGCGACAAAGUGCGAUGCCCCGGCGGGGUUGAGGCGCAGCGCGCGCGCGGGCGAUCGUGGAGAGAGAGAGAGAGAGAGCGAGAAAGAGAGAGAGCGCGAGAGAGGAGCGGCGGGGCCCGGGGCGGCUGCGAUCCGAGCGGAACCCCCAUGCCCCGUGCACACUGACCGGGGCCCGGCCUCGGAGCCCGCACCGAGCGGCGGCUGGAGAAGGGGGAGGAAACCGGACAGGUCCCCCUAGAGCGACAUGAUGGUGGAAUCCGCCUCGGAGACAAUUAGGUCGGCUCCGUCCGGUCAGAACGGUGUGGGCAGCCUGUCCGGCCCGGCCGAGGGCGGCGGCGGAGGCGGGCCCGGGGCCGCGGGCACGGCGGCGGUCAGCGCGGCCAGGGACGGCCCGGGCAGGGACCCCGCCGGCGGCGGCGCGGACAGCAACGGCGAGGUGAGCCCCGCCGAGCUCCUGCACUUCCAGCAGCAACAGGCUCUCCAGGUGGCCCGGCAGUUCCUGCUACAACAGGCCUCGGGCCUGAACUCCCCCAGCAAUAAUGACAGCAAACAGUCAGCUUCCGCAGUGCAGGUGCCCGUGUCAGUGGCCAUGAUGUCCCAGCAGAUGCUCAGCCCCCAGCAGAUGCAACAGAUCCUGUCUCCCCCUCAGCUGCAGGCCUUGCUCCAGCAGCAGCAGGCCCUCAUGCUACAGCAGCUGCAGGAAUAUUACAAGAAACAACAAGAGCAGCUCCAUCUGCAGCUCCUAACCCAGCAGCAGGCUGGCAAACAGCAGCCCAAAGAGGCUCUGGGGAACAAGCAGCUGGCCUUCCAGCAGCUUCUACAGAUGCAACAGCUGCAACAACAGCAUCUGCUCAACCUGCAGAGGCAGGGGCUGGUCAGCUUGCAGCCCAGCCAAGCCUCGGGACCCCUGCAGACCCUCCCGCAAGCAGCCGUGUGCCCGACGGACCUGCCCCAGCUAUGGAAGGGCGAGAGCGCCCCGGGCCAGCCCGCCGAGGACAGCAGCGUCCGGCAGGAGGGGCUGGACCUCGCCGGCACAACUGCCACCGCUACCUCGUUCGCCAGUCCCCCCAAGGUCUCCCCGCCCCUCUCCCACCACCCCCUACCCAACGGACAGCCCACUGUGUUCACAUCUCGGAGAGACAGCUCCUCCCACGAGGAGACCCCUGGUUCCCAUCCCCUCUAUGGACAUGGAGAAUGCAAGUGGCCAGGCUGUGAGACCCUGUGUGAAGAUCUGGGCCAGUUCAUCAAACACCUCAACACAGAGCACGCGCUGGACGACCGGAGCACGGCCCAGUGCCGAGUGCAGAUGCAGGUGGUUCAGCAGCUGGAGAUCCAGCUCGCCAAGGAGAGCGAGCGGCUGCAGGCCAUGAUGGCGCAUCUGCACAUGCGACCCUCAGAACCCAAGCCCUUCAGCCAGCCCCUAAACCCAGUCCCUGGCUCCUCCUCAUUCUCCAAGGUGACGGUGUCUGCAGACCCGUUCCCAGAUGGCCUCGUGCACCCUCCGACCUCUGCCGCUGCUCCCGUCACGCCUCUGAGGCCCCCCGGCCUGGGCUCUGCCUCCCUGCACAGUGGGGGCCCCACCCGCAGGAGAAGUACUGACAAGCUCUGCUCCCCCAUCUCCUCAGAGCUGGCCCAAAAUCACGAGUUCUACAAGAAUGCCGACGUGAGGCCCCCUUUCACCUACGCCUCCCUUAUCCGCCAGGCCAUUCUGGAAACCCCAGACAGGCAGCUGACCUUGAACGAGAUCUAUAACUGGUUCACUCGGAUGUUCGCCUAUUUCCGAAGAAACACUGCCACCUGGAAGAAUGCCGUGCGCCACAACCUCAGCCUGCACAAGUGCUUCGUCCGUGUGGAGAAUGUCAAGGGUGCUGUGUGGACCGUGGACGAGCGGGAAUAUCAGAAGCGGAGACCACCAAAGAUGACAGGGAGCCCCACGCUGGUGAAGAAUAUGAUUUCGGGCCUCAGCUAUGGAGCACUUAAUGCCAGCUACCAGGCCGCCCUCGCAGAGAGCAGCUUCCCCCUCCUCAGCAGCCCGGCCAUGCUGAACCCCGGCUCCGCCAGUAACCUCCUGCCACUCAGCCAGGACGACGUGGGUGCCCCCGGGGAGCCGCUGCCCAGCAAUGGUGGCAGCAGCAGCCCCCCUCGCCCCUCCCCUCCACAGUACAGCCACCCGAUACAAGUGAAAGAGGAGCCCACUGAGGCAGAGGAAGACCGGAGGCCAGGACCGGCCCUGGUCCCCACUAACCCCAGCGCCGUAGGGCCUCCGGAAGACAGAGAUCUGGAAGAGGAGCUGCCGGGAGAGGAGCUGUCCUAAGGGCUGGACCAGCAAUCGGGGCCGAAUAGACCCUCCCGCCCAGCCCUGGCCCACCCACCCACCCCCCACUUCACAGCCCCUCCAACCUCAAGGCACUUCGGGGACUCGGAUGGGGGAGGCCUGGGCCAGCAGCUCCCGUGACAUCUGACUGACGGACGCUUGGGGGCCGAGUUGUCCUCGCCCCCAAGAGGACACAAUCCCUGGUCUGGGACCCUUAGAGGACAAAGAGGGCCCACACCCUCUCCUGUACCCCCAAUCACCACCAGCAGCAGCAGCAGCAGGGCCGUCCCCUACCAGCGCUCCCCUCUCCAGGGCCCCUCAGCACCCAGGAGACCCGCAGGCGGGGCCGAGCCACCUUCCCACCCCAGAACCCCCUUGGCCCUGGCUCUGACGGUGGCUUCUGGCCAGAGGCCCCUUCCUGACUCAUUGCCCUUUUCCGAACUGUGAAGAUUCCGUUCUCCAUUCCCGGCUCCCAGCCCAGCCAGGGUGGGGAGUGAACGUUUCAGACCAGCCCCUCAGCUGCUGGGGUGGGACAAAUUGUAUGCCCCGUGGGGUUCCCUGCCCCUUCCCCAACCUGAGACAGGACCCACGCUAGUUAGGCCUCCAGCCCACCUUGUUGGCUGGAUGUCCCUCCUGCACCCACCGCAACACCAGGGAGGCCUGGCGACGGGGUUCUCCUGCAGAGCUCUGUGCGGGUGGCCCUGUGGUCUGAGCGCUCUCCACUGCACGGGGAAAGCUUAACCCCCCCCCCACCUAUUUCCCAGUGGCCUGCAGGUCCCCCACUACAGUCCUCUCACCCCUUCCUGUCCCCCAGUUAAACGGAUGACCAAAGACCUUUCUUAUGCCGGAAGCAAAAACCAAAACUUUUUGUUGGAUUUUUUUUUUUUUUCCUUUUGUCGCCUCCCCAAGCACCCUGCCCCUCUGCCCUGCACCCUGGUCCCAGGCUGGAAGCCCUCCCUCCACUUAAGUUAUUGUUUUAAACCAAAGUUUACAGUGUCUGUUGGUGGCAAGACCCUCUUCUUCCCCCCCCCCGCCCUGUCCCCACCCUGAGGGUCCUGGGCCGCCCCUCACUCCCCUUGCAUCUCCCUUUUGCUCUUGCCCUGUCUGGGGAAAGGGGAGAGGGCAGAGCCCUGCCCCCGCCCAGCAGGCUGCUUCCCAGGGGCUGUCAAGACCUCUCGGUAGGACCAAGUCCCCAUCACGCUGGGAGUGUGAUUUCCAGCAAAAGGCGCUGGAAAAAUACGACUCCACAGACCCCCUAUGGGGGACCCCAACCUAAGGCCAAUGACUGGGUGUAUUGGUGUGCCCAGAGCACCCCGGCCAGACCCCUUUACUGAGAAAAGACUCCUUGGACAUUUCCCAGGUGACCUCCCCCGCCCCACGUUUGCCCCCCCCUCACAAGCCGCCCUCCUGAGAGGCGGGGGGGCCCUUCCCCGUGUACCCCCACCUGUGUUCCGUUUGACCAGCACAGAAAUAUUAAACGUCCUCUAUUUACCGGG